CCAGGUGAGGGCGCGCUGGCGGCGGCGGAGGAAGGUGACAGCGGGGAGGGCGGGAGAGUGGGGGGGGAGGACGCCCGGACAGAGCCUCAGACAGUUGGGCGGACGGACGGCCCGACAGGCGGGCAUGCGGGCGGCCAGACGCUAGCCGAGCAGCGAGGCUCCGGCCGCAGCCAUGGAGCGGCGGCUGAGCGCCCUGGAGCAGCUGGCGCAGGGCGAGGCCGGCGGCGGCCCGGGGCUCGACGGCCUCCUAGAUCUGCUGCUGGCGCUGCACCACGAGCUCAGCAGCGGCCCCCUACGGCGGGAGCGCAGCGUGGCGCAGUUCCUGAGCUGGGCCAGCCCCUUCGUAUCAAAGGUGAAAGAACUGCGUCUGCAGAGAGAUGACUUUGAGAUCUUGAAGGUGAUCGGCCGAGGAGCCUUUGGGGAGGUCGCCGUGGUGAGGCAGAGAGACACUGGGCAGAUUUUUGCCAUGAAAAUGCUGCACAAGUGGGAGAUGCUGAAGAGGGCUGAGACAGCCUGUUUCCGGGAGGAGCGGGAUGUGCUCGUGAAAGGGGACAGCCAUUGGGUGACCACUCUGCACUAUGCCUUCCAAGACGAGGAGUACCUGUACCUUGUGAUGGACUACUAUGCCGGUGGGGACCUCCUGACGCUGCUGAGCCGCUUCGAGGACCGUCUCCCGCCCGAGCUGGCCCAGUUCUACCUGGCUGAGAUGGUGCUGGCCAUCCACUCGCUGCACCAGCUGGGUUACGUCCACAGGGAUGUCAAGCCAGACAAUGUCCUGCUGGAUGUGAACGGGCACAUUCGCCUGGCUGACUUCGGCUCCUGCCUGCGUCUCAACACCAAUGGCAUGGUGGAUUCAUCAGUGGCAGUAGGGACGCCGGACUAUAUCUCCCCUGAGAUCCUGCAGGCCAUGGAGGAGGGCAAGGGCCACUACGGCCCACAGUGUGACUGGUGGUCGCUUGGAGUCUGCGCCUAUGAGCUGCUCUUUGGGGAGACGCCCUUCUAUGCCGAGUCCUUGGUGGAAACCUACGGCAAGAUCAUGAACCACGAGGACCACUUGCAGUUCCCCCCGGACGUGCCUGAUGUGCCAGCCAGCGCCCAAGACCUGAUCCGCCAGCUGCUGUGUCGCCAGGAAGAGCGGCUAGGCCGUGGUGGGCUGGACGACUUCCGGAACCAUCCUUUCUUCGAAGGCGUGGACUGGGAGCGGCUGGCGAGCAGCACGGCCCCCUAUAUUCCUGAGCUGCGGGGGCCCAUGGACACCUCCAACUUUGACGUGGAUGAUGACACCCUCAACCAUCCAGGGACCCUGCCACCGCCCUCCCACGGGGCCUUCUCCGGCCACCACCUGCCAUUUGUGGGCUUCACCUAUACCUCGGGCAGUCACAGUCCUGAGAGCAGCUCUGAGGCCUGGGCUGCCCUGGAGCGGAAGCUCCAGUGUCUGGAGCAGGAGAAGGUGGAGCUGAGCAGGAAGCACCAAGAGGCCCUGCACACCCCCACAGACCAUCGGGAGCUGGAGCAGCUACGGAAGGAAGUUCAGACUCUGAGGGAGAGGCUGUCAGAGAUGCUGAGGGACAAGGCCUCAUUGUCCCAGAUGGAUGGGCCCCCAGCUGGUAGCCCAGGUCAGGACAGUGACCUACGGCAGGAGCUUGACCGGCUUCACCAGGAGCUGGCCGAGGGUCGGGCAGGGCUGCAGGCUCAGGAGCAGGAGCUCUGCAGGGCCCAGGGGCAGCAGGAGGAGCUGCUUCAGAGGCUGCAGGAGGCCCAGGAGAGAGAGGUGGCCACAGCUAGCCAGACCCAGGCCCUGAGCUCCCAGCUGGAGGAAGCCCAGGCUGCCCAGAGGGAGCUGGAGGCCCAGGUGUCCUCCCUGAGCCGGCAGGUGACACAGCUGCAGGGACAGUGGGAGCAACGCCUUGAGGAGUUUUCCCAGCCCAAGACCAUCCACACAGCCUCUGAGACCAACGGGAUGGGACCCCCCGAGGGUGGGCCUCAGGAGGCCCAACUGAGGAAGGAGGUGGCCGCCCUGCGAGAGCAGCUAGAGCAGGCCCACAGCCACAGGCUGAGUGGUAAGGAGGAGGCUCUGUGCCAGCUGCAGGAGGAAAACCGGAGGCUGAGCCAGGAGCAGGAGCGGCUAGAAGCAGAGCUGGCCCAGGAGCAGGAGAGCAAGCAGCGGCUGGAGGGUGAGCGGCGGGAGACGGAGAGCAACUGGGAGGCCCAGCUCGCCGACAUCCUCAGCUGGGUGAAUGAUGAGAAGGUCUCAAGAGGCUACCUGCAGGCCCUGGCCACCAAGAUGGCAGAGGAGCUGGAGUCCUUGAGGAACGUAGGCACCCAGACGCUCCCUGCCCGGCCACUGGACCACCAGUGGAAGGCGCGGCGACUGCAGAAGAUGGAGGCCUCGGCCAGGCUGGAGCUGCAGUCAGCGCUGGAGGCCGAGAUCCGCGCCAAGCAGGGCCUGCAGGAGCAGCUGACGCAGGUGCAGGAGGCCCAGCUGCAGGCUGAGCGCCGUCUGCAGGAGGCCGAGAAGCAGAGCCAGGCCCUGCAACAGGAGCUCGCCAUGCUGCGGGAGGAGCUGCGGGCCCGAGGGCCAGCGGACACCAAGCCCUCAAACUCCCUGAUUCCCUUCCUGUCCUUCCGGAGCUCAGAGAAGGAUUCUGCCAAGGACCCUGGCAUCUCAGGAGAGGCCACAAGGCAUGGAGGGGAGCCAGAGCUGAGGCCGGAGGGCCGACGCAGCCUGCGCAUGGGGGCUGUGUUCCCCAGAGCACCCACUGCCAACACAGCCUCUACAGAAGGUCUUCCUGCUAAGCCCGGCUCACACACGCUGCGCCCCCGGAGCUUCCCAUCCCCAACCAAGUGUCUCCGCUGCACCUCGCUGAUGCUGGGCCUGGGCCGCCAGGGCCUGGGUUGUGAUGCCUGCGGCUACUUUUGUCACACAACCUGUGCCCCACAGGCCCCACCCUGCCCCGUGCCCCCUGACCUCCUCCGCACAGCCCUGGGAGUACACCCUGAAACGGGCACAGGCACUGCCUAUGAGGGCUUUCUGUCGGUGCCACGGCCCUCAGGCGUCCGGCGGGGCUGGCAGCGCGUGUUUGCUGCCCUGAGUGACUCACGCCUGCUGUUGUUUGACGCCCCUGACCCGAGGCUCAGCCCGCCCAGCGGGGCCCUCCUGCAGGUCCUGGAUCUGAGGGACCCCCAGUUCUCGGCUACCCCUGUCCUGGCCUCUGAUGUCAUCCAUGCCCAAUCCAGGGACCUGCCACGCAUCUUUAGGGUGACGACCUCCCAGCUGGCAGUGCCGCCCACCAUGUGCACUGUGCUGCUGCUGGCGGAGAGCGAGGGGGAGCGGGAACGCUGGCUGCAGGUGUUGGGUGAGCUGCAGCGGCUGCUGCUGGAUGCGCGGCCAAGACCCCGGCCUGUGUACACACUCAAGGAGGCCUACGACAACGGGCUGCCGCUGCUGCCCCACACGCUCUGCGCUGCCAUCCUUGACCAGGAUCGACUUGCACUUGGCACCGAGGAGGGGCUCUUUAUCAUCCAUCUGCACAGCAACGACAUCUUCCAGGUGGGGGAGUGCCGGCGCGUGCAGCAGCUGGCCUUGAGCCCCAGCGCAGGCCUGCUGGUUGUGCUGUGUGGCCGUGGCCCCAGCGUGCGUCUCUUUGCCCUGGCGGAGCUGGAGAACGUAGAGGUAGCAGGUGCCAAGAUCCCUGAGUCUCGAGGCUGCCAGGCGCUGGCAGCUGGAAGCAUCCUGCAGGCCCGCACCCCGGUGCUCUGUGUAGCCGUCAAGCGCCAGGUGCUCUGCUACCAGCUGGGCCCAGGCCCUGGGCCCUGGCAGCGCCGCAUCCGUGAGCUGCAGGCACCCGCCACUGUGCAGAGCCUGGGGCUGCUGGGCGACCGGCUAUGUGUGGGCGCCGCCGGUGGCUUUGCACUCUACCCGCUGCUCAACAAGGCUGCACCGUUGGCGCUGGGGGCCGGUUUGGUGCCUGAGGAGCUGCCACCAUCCCGCGGGGGCCUGGGUGAGGCACUGGGUGCCGUGGAGCUUAGCCUCAGUGAGUUCCUGCUACUCUUCACCACUGCUGGCAUCUACGUGGAUGGCGCAGGCCGCAAGUCUCGUGGCCACGAGCUGUUGUGGCCAGCAGCGCCCAUGGGCUGGGGGUAUGCGGCCCCCUACCUGACAGUGUUCAGCGAGAACUCCAUCGAUGUGUUUGACGUGAGGAGGGCAGAAUGGGUGCAGACCGUGCCGCUCAAGAAGGUGCGGCCCCUCAAUCCAGAGGGCUCCCUGUUCCUCUACGGCACCGAGAAGGUCCGCCUGACCUACCUCAGGAACCAGCUGGCAGAGAAGGACGAGUUCGACAUCCCGGACCUCACCGACAACAGCCGGCGCCAGCUGUUCCGCACCAAGAGCAAGCGCCGCUUCUUUUUCCGCGUGUCGGAGGAACAGCAGAAGCAGCAGCGCAGGGAGAUGCUGAAGGACCCUUUUGUGCGCUCCAAGCUCAUCUCGCCGCCUACCAACUUCAACCACCUAGUACACGUGGGCCCUGUCAACGGGCGGCCCGGCGCCAGGGACAAGUCUCGGCCCCUCCGCACUGUCACCCAACAGGCUCCCGAAGAGAAGGGCCGAGUUGCCCGCGGCUCCGGCCCACAGCGGCCCCACAGCUUCUCCGAGGCGUUGCGGCGCCCAGCCUCCAUGGGCAGCGAAGGCCUCGGUGGAGACGCAGACCCCAUGAAGAGAAAACCUUGGACAUCCCUGUCCAGCGAGUCUGUGUCCUGUCCCCAGGGAUCGCUGAGCCCUGCAACCUCCCUAAUGCAGGUUUCAGAACGGCCCCGAAGCCUCCCCCUAUCCCCUGAUUUGGAGAGCUCUCCUUGAUGCCCUCUGUUAGGGCCCACCCCAAUCCCAGGGCAGAAGGACAUGAGGGAGCGAAGAGCUUGAGGAAUGCCAUACUCCGGCUGGUCCGGGACAUGGAAAUUCGGACUCAGGGAGGGCCUGGGCUGGGCAAUGACUGGGAGGCUUGCCUGGGUUCCCAGGACUUGGGGGUCCUGACUCCCAGCCCUCAUCCUGCCUUACCCCUCUGUUCCCAGCCCCAGCCUUUGUAAGCCAUUGGGAAUAGAAUGGCCCCUUUUGUCCUGGUGUCCAGGGGUGAUUGUGCCAAAGCUCUUAUUUCCAGUGCCAAGCCCCCAGAGGCUUGUAAGAGUUGGGAUGAGGGAUGGAGAGGGACUGGGUCUCUGGGAACAGGUUGGAGGUCUUAUCUGUGGACUGUCUGACUCCCAGCUGAGGCCAAGAUGGGGCAUGUCCUGAUCUCUGCUUAGCAUCUGGGUGAGAAAAACAGGCUGCGAUCCAGAGGAAGGGAAGAUAGAGAAGGAGGGAAAGGAUGUAGGCGAAGGAGGUGAGAGGAUAGGAGGAAGGAAGUGGAGGAGGAGGUGAUAGGAAUUGGAAGGAGGUAGAAGCUGUGCAGAGGAAGAGGGGAGAGGGACAAAGGAGGAGUGAUGAAGAAGAGGAGGGAGACAAAAAGAGGGAUGGAGGAGAGAGGGAGUCUAGAGAACAAAGGGUCCUUUUUCUGGGGAGGGAUGUGGUGGGCAGGGCUGACACUGUCAGCCAAUCCUCCCAUCGGGGAAGAGAAUCCUGGACAGGGACAGGAUGGAGAGGGUAUUUAUAAGGGCUUUUUGGUGGGAGAUGGGUACCCAGUGGGGGCCACUGGAGGGUCUCCGGGCACACUCUGGCCCUUCCCAGAAAGGGGGUCCUUUUUCUCGAAGCUUCAACCAGUUGUGUGUUAGGGGAACCUAGGGGGCAUUUUACUAUUGAUCACAGUCAUUAUAUUGUUAUUAUAUUACUAUUUUUAUUAAACCUCCCCCCACUGAAGUGUGGGGGGCAAAAUAAGUAUUUAUCUCCUCAAAUGCCACAUUCCCAGGAGGGACAGACCCUGAUGCUCUGUGCAGCAGCAAGAAACCAAUAAAGACAGCUUUGUAAGC